GACAGAAAGACUGAUAGCGGUUUGAAUCUGGCGUGCAGUAUGAAUGUCCUCCCGAUGUUCCUCCUCUUUCUCAUCUCAGGUGAAGUUGGAGUCACUCAUGGGAGCUUUAAUAGUAAUCCCACUGUUAAUGGAAAUGCCAACGGUGCAGUUUGCGUCUUCCCUUUUAAGUACAAGGGCAUUUCGUACUCAGAAUGUACCAGCAUCGACAGUAGAAUGCCAUGGUGUGCGACGACAGACAACUAUGCCAGGGAUAGGAAAUGGGGAGUGUGUACAAGUACGGGUAAUCCCACUGUUAAUGGAAAUGCCAACGGUGCAGUUUGCGUCUUCCCCUUUCAGCACAAGGGCAAGUGGUACUCAAAAUGUAUCAGCAUCGGCCAUAACAAGCCUUGGUGUGCGACGACAGACAACUAUGCCAGGGAUAAGAAGUGGGGAGAGUGUACAGUGAAGGAUAACAGCGAUGCAGUUUGCGUCUUCCCUUUUAAGUACAAGGGCAUUUCGUACUCAGAAUGUACCAGCAUCGACAGUAACAUGCCAUGGUGUGCGACGACAGACAACUAUGAAAGGGAUAGGAAAUGGAGAGUGUGUACAAGCACGGGUAAUCCCACUGUUAAUGGAAAUGCCAACGGUGCAGUUUGCGUCUUCCCCUUUCAGCACAAGGGCAAGUGGUACUCAAAAUGUAUCAGCAUCGGCCAUAACAAGCCUUGGUGUGCGACGACAGACAACUAUGCCAGGGAUAAGAAGUGGGGAGAGUGUACAGUGAAGGAUAACAGCGAUGCAGUUUGCGUCUUCCCUUUUAAGUACAAGGGCAUUUCGUACUCAGAAUGUACCAGCAUCGACAGUAACAUGCCAUGGUGUGCGACGACAGACAACUAUGAAAGGGAUAGGAAAUGGAAAGUGUGUACAAGCACGGGUAAUCCCACUGUUAAUGGAAAUGCCAACGGUGCAGUUUGCGUCUUCCCCUUUCAGCACAAGGGCAAGUGGUACUCAAAAUGUAUCAGCAUCGGCCAAAACAAGCCUUGGUGUGCGACGACAGACAACUAUGCCAGGGAUAAGAAGUGGGGAGAGUGUACAGUGAAGGAUAACAGCGAUGCAGUUUGCGUCUUCCCUUUUAAGUACAAGGGCAUUUCGUACUCAGAAUGUACCAGCAUCGACAGUAACAUGCCAUGGUGUGCGACGACAGACAACUAUGAAAGGGAUAGGAAAUGGAGAGUGUGUACAAGCACGGGUAAUCCCACUGUUAAUGGAAAUGCCAACGGUGCAGUUUGCGUCUUCCCCUUUCAGCACAAGGGCAAGUGGUACUCAAAAUGUAUCAGCAUCGGCCAUAACAAGCCUUGGUGUGCGACGACAGACAACUAUGCCAGGGAUAAGAAGUGGGGAGAGUGUACAGUGAAGGAUAACAGCGAUGCAGUUUGCGUCUUCCCUUUUAAGUACAAGGGCAUUUCGUACUCAGAAUGUACCAGCAUCGACAGUAACAUGCCAUGGUGUGCGACGACAGACAACUAUGAAAGGGAUAGGAAAUGGAGAGUGUGUACAAGCACGGGUAAUCCCACUGUUAAUGGAAAUGCCAACGGUGCAGUUUGCGUCUUCCCCUUUCAGCACAAGGGCAAGUGGUACUCAAAAUGUAUCAGCAUCGGCCAUAACAAGCCUUGGUGUGCGACGACAGACAACUAUGCCAGGGAUAAGAAGUGGGGAGAGUGUACAGUGAAGGAUAACAGCGAUGCAGUUUGCGUCUUCCCUUUUAAGUACAAGGGCAUUUCGUACUCAGAAUGUACCAGCAUCGACAGUAACAUGCCAUGGUGUGCGACGACAGACAACUAUGAAAGGGAUAGGAAAUGGAAAGUGUGUACAAGCACGGGUAAUCCCACUGUUAAUGGAAAUGCCAACGGUGCAGUUUGCGUCUUCCCCUUUCAGCACAAGGGCAAGUGGUACUCAAAAUGUAUCAGCAUCGGCCAUAACAAGCCUUGGUGUGCGACGACAGACAACUAUGCCAGGGAUAAGAAGUGGGGAGAGUGUACAGUGAAGGAUAACAGCGAUGCAGUUUGCGUCUUCCCUUUUAAGUACAAGGGCAUUUCGUACUCAGAAUGUACCAGCAUCGACAGUAACAUGCCAUGGUGUGCGACGACAGACAACUAUGAAAGGGAUAGGAAAUGGAGAGUGUGUACAAGCACGGGUAAUCCCACUGUUAAUGGAAAUGCCAACGGUGCAGUUUGCGUCUUCCCCUUUCAGCACAAGGGCAAGUGGUACUCAAAAUGUAUCAGCAUCGGCCAUAACAAGCCUUGGUGUGCGACGACAGACAACUAUGCCAGGGAUAAGAAGUGGGGAGAGUGUACAGUGAAGGAUAACAGCGAUGCAGUUUGCGUCUUCCCUUUUAAGUACAAGGGCAUUUCGUACUCAGAAUGUACCAGCAUCGACAGUAACAUGCCAUGGUGUGCGACGACAGACAACUAUGAAAGGGAUAGGAAAUGGAAAGUGUGUACAAGCACGGGUAAUCCCACUGUUAAUGGAAAUGCCAACGGUGCAGUUUGCGUCUUCCCCUUUCAGCACAAGGGCAAGUGGUACUCAAAAUGUAUCAGCAUCGGCCAUAACAAGCCUUGGUGUGCGACGACAGACAACUAUGCCAGGGAUAAGAAGUGGGGAGAGUGUACAGUGAAGGAUAACAGCGAUGCAGUUUGCGUCUUCCCUUUUAAGUACAAGGGCAUUUCGUACUCAGAAUGUACCAGCAUUGACCAUAACAUGCCAUGGUGUGCGACGACAGACAACUAUGAAAGGGAUAGGAAAUGGAGAGUGUGUACAAGUACGGACUCACCAGACUCAGAUUACUGUGACUAGAGAUGCAUGGAUGUAGAUCCCUAGCAUCACUCCCCCCCUGCAUCAUGGCCACUUCUCAAAAAGCCCGCGAUGAGGGGCGGCGAACACCACAGAGCUUACACUCAUAUGUCACCAUGGAUACCCACGAAUCACGAUGCUGCCAUGCAGAGCUCACAUCUUCUUCUCUCUCUUUCCAACUCAUGAACUCUCGCUCUCUUUCUAAACUCCAACUCAUGAACUCCUCUUUCCAACAUCCUCUCUCUCUUUCCAAACUCCAACUCAUGAACUCCUCUUUCCAACAUCCUCUCUCUCUUUCCAAACUCCAACUCAUGAACUCCUCUUUCCAACAUCCUCUCUCUCUUUCCAAACUCCAACUCAUGAACUCUUCUUUCCAACAUCCUCUCUUUUUCCAAACUCCAACUCAUGAACUCCUCUUUCCAACAUCCUCUCUUCCACAUCCUCUCUCUCUCCAAACUCCAACUCAUGAACUGCUCUCCCACUCUGCACUCCCAAGGCUUUAAUAAAGUGGCCAGUUAUUCUGCUG